AUGGCUGUGCGCGGCGCCAACACCUUGACGCCCUUCUCCAUCCAGGCAAUCCUCAACAAGAAAGAGGAGCGCGGCGGGCUGCCCGCGCCAGAGGGGCGCCCGGUGCCCGGGGGCACCGCGGUGCCAGUGGCUGAGGCUCCCGCUGUCUGCUGCUGGCGACUCUUCGGGGAGACAGACGCGGGCGCUCUGGGGGGCGCGGAGGACUCUCUGCUGGCGUCGCCGGCGGGGACCAGAACGGCUGCAGGGCGGACCGCGGAGAGCCUGGUUGCUUGGGACUCGGACUCGGCGCUGAGCGAGGAGAACGAGGGCGGGCGGCGCUGUGCGGACGCGCCGGGGGCCAGCGGGGCCGGCCGCGCAGGGGGGACGCUGGGCCUCGGCCAGUCGGUCUGCGAGCUGCCCGCCGCCAAGGACCUGGAGGAGGAAGCCGCAGGCCGGAGCGACAGCGAGAUGUCGGCCAGCGUCUCAGGCGACCGCAGCCCGAGGGCCGAGGACGACGCUGUGGGCCCCGGAAGCGCACGCGUCCCGGCGCUGUGCGGCAGAGGCGGCGGCGGCGGUGGCGGCGGACCGGCGGGCGGCGCGGAGGAGGAGGAGGAGCCCGCGGCGCCCAAGCCGCGCAAGAAACGCUCGCGGGCCGCCUUCUCCCACGCGCAGGUCUUCGAGCUGGAGCGCCGCUUCAACCACCAGCGCUACCUGUCCGGGCCGGAGCGCGCCGACCUGGCCGCGUCGCUGAAGCUCACCGAGACGCAAGUGAAGAUCUGGUUCCAGAACCGUCGCUACAAGACCAAGCGCCGGCAGAUGGCCGCCGACCUGCUGGCGUCAGCGCCCGCCGCCAAGAAGGUGGCGGUGAAAGUGCUCGUACGCGACGACCAGAGACAGUACUUGCCCGGCGAGGUGCUGCGGCCACCCUCGCUGCUGCCGCUGCAGCCCUCCUACUAUUACCCUUAUACUGCCCUCCCCGGCUGGGCACUCUCCACGUGUGCAGCCGCCGCGGGCACCCAGUGAGCCGGCCUGGGGCGAGGCAGCAAAUGAUCCCUGCGCCCCAGUUCCGGACGGCCGCGGACGGCUGUGCAGGUUGUGCUCUGCACAAGGGCGCCCCGCGGAGGGGGCAAGUGGAGGAUGAAAUCCAGCCUGGGCUCAGACUUCCAGGAGUGCGCCCUGGCAGCGGGACUGAGUCUGUCCAGAGAGGGCGCCUUUUUCUAAUGCGAACAGAGGCACCCUAUGGCCUAGGGGCCUUGCUCCCCCGUCGCCCGCCUGGAAGCUCUGGGACAUUAUUUAUUAUCACAACAAAGUUGGAUGUGGAUUGUACCUGCCAGGAGACCACGUUUCCCUGGAGCGGAAAGAACUCCUGGAGAUCACUUAGCCUGAAUCCCCAGAAUUUCAGGCUAGCCGGGAGCUUCGUGCGCUAGGCCACAAUAGUUCAUGGUAUCCAUGCUACCAAUCUAUGUGUAUCUACAUAUCUAUUUUUUUGGAAAUUGCAUUUGUAUCAAAGAGGGGCGGAACCCUGGCAGCCCCAAGGAGCCCCAAGCCGUGGGGUUGAUUUGAACCGUGAAAGGUUUGGUUUUCCUGCCCUCUGCCCCACCCCUCCCCAUGUCACAGCUCGGGUGGGGAUGCCCUAUUGGGUGCUGAAUGUAAAGACGGGAGCCUCUGAGCACAGGGCAGGGCAUAGACCCCCCGGAAUCUUUCCCCUGCGAAGUCCAGGGCCGCCACCAACUGGGGAGCUUCCUGGGAACCCAAACCAGGAGACAGCAAACCCCAGCAGCCCUUCACAGAAACUUUCCUGUAUUUCUUUUUAUUUUUUUAAAGGAGGUUAAAACUUGUAGCACUUUUCAGUUGUUUGUAUUCAAAUAACGGUUAUUUUUGUAUUCAAUGUGAUAUCGCUGACCAGCCUUUCCGUGGCAUCCCUCACUGUUCAGCCACCCGGCCCUCUGUCCCUACCGACCAUCCUCCGAGAUUCUUGCGUUCUGACCCAGGAUUCUGUCAUCCCUGUCCCUGCCCCGAAGACAGAUGAUCCUGUCAACCUCGUCGCUUUUUGCCUCCUUAAGGGCACUGUGCACUCAUCUAGAAUAUUAACUUUAAAAGAUUUGUGAAGUUUGGAAGCUCUAUUCGCUUUAUCUUUUUUUCCUUUUAAUUUAUAAACUUUUAGU